UUGGCCGUGAGGGGAAGCGGAGGCCCGGACCCCGCUAAAAUGGAGGCGCAGAGCCCUCAGGGGGUGUAGGGGUUCCUUCCCCUCCCCGACCCCCGGCCCGGAGCCCAUGGAGCGGCUGUAGGGUCGGUGCUUGAGCAGCUCCUCACUGCCAGGAUGAGCUUCCCAAAUCCCACCCAACAUCCAGGAGCUGGGAAUUCCUGCAGGAUCACCCUUGGACAAGCCAAUCAGGUGAUUCCCAAAGUUCCCCUCCUGAGGAUUCUGCAGGCUGCGGGCGCCCAGGGCGACACCUUCACGCUCAAGGAGGUGAUGCAUUUCCUGGGUCAGUACAUCCUGGGCCGGCAGCUCUACGACAAGAGGCAGCAGCACCUGGUUCACUGCGGGGGAGACCAGCUGGGAGAGCUGCUGGGCCUGCAGAGCUUCUCCCUGCGGGAUCCCAGCCCCGUGUACGAGAUGCUGAAGAGGAACCUCAGCCCUGCUGCACUCCCAGAUGCUGCACAGACUCUCCCAAAGGAGCAGAGCGUCGCUAAGCCCAGCCCAGACCAGCCGCAGCACAGCCAGGAGGAAGGAUCUGACUCUGGGAUCCUGGAGAGUGACAGCAAAACCUCUGCUCCGGCUACCUCAGAGCCCAAAUGUGACACUUGUGAAGACAAAGACUUGAUAGAAAACCUCUCCAAAAGCAAAAAGCCCAAGCUGGAUCUGGUUUUUGAGGAAUGGGAUGUGGCCGGGCUGCCGUGGUGGUUUUUAGGGAAUCUCAGAAGCAAUUACAAAUCCAGGAGUAACGGAUCCACGGAUAUUCAGACUAACCAGGACAUCGACACUGCCGUAGUUUCAGACACCACGGAUGACCUGUGGUUCCUCAACGAGUGUCCCCUGGAGCAGGGCGGUGCUGGGCUCAAGGUGGAGGUGCUGGACUGUGAGGAGGUCCCAGAAGGUGACACCAAGGUGCCUGAGGACGUGUGCUUGGAUGAGCUGGAGGAUUCCCAGUGCCUGAGUGAUGACACGGAUACAGAGGCUGCUGCUGAGGAUUGCUGGCAAUGCUCCAAGUGCAGGAAAUUCAACUCUCCGGGGAAAAGGUACUGCUACCGCUGCUGGGCCCUGCGCAAGGACUGGUACCGGGACUGCCCCAAACUGCCCCAUUCCCUGUCCCUUUCCAACAUCAAUUCCAUGGAAAACCAGGAGCAGGAUAGAGGGGUGGACGUCCCAGACUGUAGGAGGACGAUUUCAGCCCCGGCUGGCCAAGCCAAGCACCUUUUCCUGGGAGAAAACAAACCCCGCGUGGAUCCCGGCAGCUCCAUCGAGUCCUUGGAUUUGGCGCGGGAUGGGAAAAACCGGGAUUUCGCCAAGCUGAAAAAAGAGGAGGAGGUGGAAUCUUUGGAGAGCAUCAAAACCCUGCUGAGUCCCUGCUUCCUGUGCCAGCACAGGCCUCGGGAUGGGAAUAUUGUCCAUGGAAGGACUGCUCACCUGGUGGCCUGCUUCAGGUGUGCCAGGAUGCUAAAGAAGAAGAGAUCGCCGUGCCCGGUGUGCAGGAAGGAGAUCAAGAUGGUCAUCAGGACCUUCAUGGGCUAGCAGGAUCUUCUGCUCCUAAAAUCACCCCCAAAAUAGUUCUUUUUUUGCACUCAAAUCCCAAUUUCAGUGUGUGCAGGAAGGAGAUCAGGAUGGUCAUCAGGAUCUUCAUGGGCUAGCAGGAUCUUCUGCUCCUAAAAUAACCCCCAAAAUGAGGAUUUUUUGCACAAAAACCCCCAAUUCCAGAGCUUGGUCUGCAGGAUCAAGGUGGUCAUCAGGAUCUUUAUGGGAUAGCAGGACCUUCUGCCCCUAAAAUAACCCCAAAAUGAGGAUUUUUGCACUCAAACCCCAAUUCCAGAGCUCAGCCAGUGAAACCAAAGAAAACCAAGAUUUAAAUCCCACCAAGAAUCCUCUGCAGGAUCCACUUUUCCAUGGAAAUCACCUUGAGAUCAAAACCCCAAAAUUUUGGAAAUUUUCGCAAUUCCCCAACUUCAGCCUGGUUUUAUCCUUUGGGAUUCUUUCUCCUGACCAAGAGCAGAAGAUUUGGGAAAAAUCGUGACUUUUGGGAUAUUUUUUUUUCCAUAAAUCCCAACUUGUGCAAUUCCUUUGGAGCUGAGGGAUAAAAAUAGAAAUAAAUAUUUAUGGUGGGAGGGAAGGGGAUUUGUUUUGGAGAGAAGAAAAAGAACUUUAUUCCUGAUUUUUUUUAUUGUUUAAGGUCAGCAGGUUGAAGAAUUCCUUGCUCCCAAAUGGGAAAUAAAUCCAAGUUUUAAAUCCACACCUCUCAGGUCACAAAUCAGACGGAAAAAAUAAUAAUAAUGUUAUAUUUUGCUUUC